AUGAUCUUCGUUCAUCUUCACGCUGUUAUUGUCUCCGCCGCUCUCGCCCUCGCCGAUGUGACUACCACGGCUGAUGAAAUGGCGACCAGCACAGACACACCGGAUAUUUUAGACAGCCUGGCAACUAUUCCGGAAAUCACAUUCACUGAUAGCGGCCCUACUGAUCUUCCCUCAAACGCAACCGAAACAAGUGUGCCCACUGACCUUCCCUUGAACACAACCGCAACACACGUUCCUUUGCCCGAGCCUACUUUUGAUACCAGCUACCUCGAACCGACUGGAAACACAACAUUUGGCAAUGCUACAGUGGCUCCUACUGCCACCACCAGUACCAGAACGGGUCUGAACCAGACGGCCACGGAGACCAAACCCUCAGCCAAGGGGCCUACCUCAACCAAGGAGACUGUUCCUACCGUUCCAAGCAACGGCGGCGUCAAGCUGUCAGCUAUUAGCAUUGGCCUACCCUUGGUUGCUGCGAUUGCGUGCCUUCUGUAA